CGCCGUUGCCUUGGUGAUGACAACGGCUUCUUUACUCAGGUUGGAGCAGCGUGUGCUAGCUAAGUUAGCUACGUUAGGUGCUUCGUAGGCAGGUUGUCUAGCACCGAACAAACCGAGGACCUAUUUAAUGUGUUUAGUAUCGUUUUCAGUUUGUGAGCUAUGAGUUUAAGGAUAAAUGAAGGAUAAGUGUAGAAUGUCAUUCGAGCCACAGAAUGACGGCAGUAACACACCGGAAGUGUCGCACAGCGCGUCAGGAUGUUUGAAUGGAGAAACCGCUCGCGCUGUUACUCGGUCAAGUUGUUGUGAAGAGAGAAUGGAAGCGAAGCACAUCAUCAAUCUGGCAAUGCUCAGUGAGGAGCUGGAGAGAAGAACCAAAGAGACCCAGAAGCUUCAGGAAGAGGUUGAACAAGCCACGAGACUCACUUUGGAAAGAAUGGGUCUUAGCAACACAGAAGUGUCAGGAAAUCAUAUUUCUACAGAUCACGAAUCAGAGGGAUCUCCAGAAUUUGGAGUUAACAGCCAACAAUCUUACAUCCAUUCCAUAAACUAUGAUGUGGAUGUGAAUGGAGCAAGUUGUCUGAAUUUCCAAGGCAGGAAUGUUCUCCAAAGUGCGCUAGAGGACUAUUCACAGCAAGUCUCAGACCUCCAAAAGCAUCUGAGAGAGACGUAUGAGCUGCACGAACUGCAGAAGUUUAAUUUCCGUCAGUCCAUCAUCAAAUUAGAGAACAAACUGCAAGAAAGUCAAACUGAGAGAGACGUCUUGGUAAACUUAAGACUAAAGGAAUCUCAGAAACAUGCCAAACUAAUGGAGCAGCUACAGGCAGCUCAGCUGGAGCUGCACUUGCUAAAGCAGACAGAAGGCCAGAAACUGAUGGAAGCUGAGGACAGAGUGAAGACUUUAAGCAGGAGAGAAGAGAUGAUGGCACAAAUGCUGCAGGACAUCUUCACCAGGCUUUCAGAUUAUGAGACGCGCAGUGGAAAAAGCUGCCGUCUUUGCUAUGACAGAGCCUUCAGCCCUAGCCAGCUUCUUCUAGGAGAUGCAGUGGAGAAAACACUACAAGACCUGGAGAAUGACAACCGUGGCCUCCAGGAGAAACUGCAAAUGGUGGAGAGACAACUGAAAGACCUGAAGGAACAGGGUCAAGGCAAAACAGAGUCUCUUCUACAAGAGUAUAAGGAAAGAAUGGAGCAACUCAUUACCAGUCAUGAGCAGAAGGUGGCGAUGUUGACUGAGAAACUGAAUAGCUCUCAGACUAAUGCAGAUGGCCUGCAACACCAGCUGGAAGUAUUACAACAACAGCUCCAAAGCCAAACCUCACUGCACCAAUCAGAGAAGAGUGAUAUGGAGCGUGCUCUCUCCACAUUACGCUCAGACCUGCUGGAGAAACAGAAGAGCUACACAGCUAAGGUCAGUGUUCUGGAGGAGGCGCUGGCUCAAGCAAAAUCGCAGGCAGAGCAGGUCCAGAGGGAGAGAGACCUCUCGCUCCAGCAAGCUGAGGAACUGGACACCCAGCUGUGCCGACUUACAACAGAGCUCCGUCAGACUGCAGAGGAGCUGUGCCUAGAGCGGCAGCAGAGGCACAAGCUGGAGCAGCGCAGCCUUGAAGUCGAGCAGCUUGAGAAUCUCGUCCGAUCUCUUAGAGAGCAGUACCAGAGACAUCUGGACAUGCCGUUAUCAGAUACAGAGCAGCAAGAGGCACAAGAAGAGCUAGAGCAGCUUCGUAGUGAGAUACAGCAGCUCGAGCAGGCCAACAAAAUCACCAUGUGUUUGCAUGAGAAGAGCAGUGGGGAGGUCAGGAGGCUACAGUCUCUGCUGGACAAACAGGAUGCAGAACUUCCACUGAAGCAGCAAGAAGUGCAACAGGGCCGGGCUCAGCUGGAAGAGGCACACACACAGGUGCAGGCACUACAGACUGAGGUGGAGCUGUUGAGGCUCAGGCUGGAAGAUGGAAAAAAGAGUGGCGAGUUGCUCAUGAGGCCUCUGGUGGCCCUGCAGCAGGAGAGGAAGAGCCUGACCGAGCAGCUCGAGCAGCUCCGGCUGGACAACCAGCAGUUGAGGGCUGCCCUGCUGGAAGCAGAACUGAGGCUGAGUGCUGUGGAGCAGGAGAAGACCCUGCAGCGGGCAGCCCUGUCAGAGAGAACGAGCAGCCUCCACCAGCUAACUCUGGAGAAACAGCAGAUGACUGCUGAGCUGGAGAGCCAGCGCAAGAAGCUAGAUCAACUCAAACAAGAACAGGAGGCCUUAAGAGAAGAACACAGCAAGAAAACCGAGGAGCUGCAAUGGCAGAACAGCAAGCUAAAAGCCCAGCGUAAUAACAUCCGAAAUGACUUGGAGCAGGUUAAGAGCACCCUCAAAGCACUGGAGGGUGCUGAUGAACAUGGUCUAAAGGUUGCCUUGGGCAUACAGAAGCAGAUCACUGCCAAGCGAGAACAGGUUGACUUACUCCAGAGCCGUGUACAAAUGCUGGAGGAGACCACAGAAAAACUCACUCAGGAGAAGAACUACCAGGUGAUGAAGAGCAAACAUCAAGCACAGGAGCUGCUUUUUGAGAGGGACAGAAGGAACAGGCUUGAAACUGAGUUGGAGGCUUACCAUACUAAGGAGAAUCUGCUGAAGAGCGAAAUUGAGCGGCUCGACACAGCUUUGCACAAGAUGUCUGACAGUUUUGCAGAAUGCCAAGAGUACAUUCAGAAACAGCAGCAAGAGAUCAUGAGGCUGAAACUCCAGCAUACUCUAGAGCUGAAGGAGGGCCAGAACUUACGAUCCACAAGUGCCAGAACUUGUGAGCAGGGACAAGACUUACAAGCUACAAACAAUAUCCACAGAUCGCCCAUCACCAGCCCUACACUUCCAGCACAAGUGCCCUUUCAAGCUCACUCUCCCAGCCAGGUGGAGUUAAACAUAGGCCAGAGGUGUAGCCCUGUUCUGGAGCUGCGGAGCCUGGUUAAAGAGCUACGCAGUGUGAUCGAUAUGGAGCAGAGCGUUGACACCAUGUACACCAGCUCCAGGAGAUUUGAAGAAACACCCAGGAGCAGAAAAGGUGAAGUGACCAUGAACACCGAAGGUGAAAGCAGGAAGACAAGGCCCAGUACCAGUUACAAUGAGCAAGAUCCUCUCCGAGCCCCUAACCUCAAUAAACAGGACGUGAACAGUGCUUUUUCAGCUAACAAUGAAGCUGGACUGAGAGCAGACCGGCCUUGCUACACCUCAUUUUGUGUAGCAGCGCUGGGACGGAGGUCUCCAGUACACUCCCUCUUAACCUCUGACCUUCCUACCAAUAUCCCUAGUAGCCUCAGGACACAAAGCCCUGCCCUUGCUGUGCAAACAUCCAUGAAGACAUGCCUUUCCAAGGUUGGUGUGGCCUGCACAAAGCCCUGACCUCAACCCCACUGAUCAUCUUGAACUGGAACACUGACUGACUGCGCCCUUCUCUCCCAAUACCAGUGCCUGACCUCACUAAUGCUCUUGUGGCUGAAUGAGCACAAAUCCCCGCAGUCAUGCUAAAAAAAAUCUAUUUGAAAGCCUUCCCAGAAGAGUGGAGGUUAUUAUAACAGUAAAGGGGGACUAAAUCUGGAAUGAGAUUCUCAAAAAACACAUAUGGGUGUGAUGGCGAGGUGUCCACAAUCUUUUAGGCAGUAUAGUGUAAGCUGGGUGAAA